AUGUGGUUAGUUUCUUUCUUGGUGUUAAAUCUGUGUCUUUUUUUUCAGCUUUUCUUUCGUUAUUUAUUUUUUAAGGUUUCUUCCUUUAUUUCUUCCAUCCUUUUGAUUAAUGAUUUUAUUCCUUACUUGUCUUUCAUUAGAUUUUUUUAUUUUUUAUUUUUCGAUUCUCAUUAUUUAUUUAUUUAUUUAUUGAUGCUCUUUCACGCUUUCUGUCACGUUUCUUUCUUUCACACUUCUUUCUUUCGUUUUUCUUCUUUUUCCAUCUUUCUUUCAUUAUCAUCUAUCUAUCUAUUUCAUCUAUUUCUGUCUUGUUUUCCAUCUAUCUUAUCUAUCGUUAUAUUUCUUUUUUUUUUUUUUUUUUUUAGAUUUCCUUCCUUUUUCACUUUCUUUCGUCGUUUCUUUUUGCUGUGCUUCUUGCCUUUCUUAUUCUCUAGAUUUAUUUAUUACCAUUCUUUCUUGAUCUCUUUGUCUUUUCUUUUUUUUUUCUUUCUUUCUUUCUUUUUUUGUUCGUUUAUUCAUUCUUGCUUUCUUUUCCUUUUUAUUUCAACCUGUUCUUUCUUUCUCUUUCUUUCUUUCUUUCUUUCUUUCUUUCUUUUUUUUUUUUCUUCGAAUUUUUUAUUUAUAGUUUUUCGUUCGUUUCCAUUCAUUCUUUUCUUUCUUUUCCUUUUUUUUUAUUUCUUCAUUCUUGUUUUUUCGUUCUAUUUUUCUUUCUUUCUUUCUUUUUCUUUCUUUCUUUUUCGAAUUUUAUCUAUUUAUUGUUUCUCUGCAUGCUUUUUUUUCUUUACUCCUUUAUUUCCUUUCUUUCUUUCUUUUUCCUAUUUUUCUUUCUUUCUUUCCUUUUUCGUUCUAUUUUCUUUCUUUUUCUUUUUUCGUUCUAUUUUUUUCUUUCUUUUUUUUUUUUCUUCUUUCUUUCUUUCCUUCUUUCUUUAUUUUCGAAUUUUAACUAUUUAUUGUUUCUCUGCAUGCUUUUUCUUACUCUUUAUUUCCAUUUCCAUUAACUCCUUUUUCUUUCUUUCUUUUUUCGUUUAUUUUUCUUUCUUUCUUUUUCUUUCUUUCUUCCUUUCGAAUUUUAACUAUUUAUUGUUUCUCUGCAUGCUUUUCUUUCUUUUAUUUUCUUUUCUUUUUUCUUUCUUUCUUUCUUUCUUUUUUCGUUCUAUUUUUCUUUCUUUUUUUUCUUUCUUUCUUUCUUCUUUCUUUCUUUCCUUCUUUCUUUCUUUCGAAUUUUAA